AAGAAAAAAAACCGAACAUAUCUCAGCUCUCUUCUUCACUCCCUUCACGUCGUCGAGUCGGAGCCGAGUCGAGUCGCCCGAUCCGAACCGACCUCCAUCGAACCUCCCUUCCUCCUCCAAUGGCGACGCCACCGUCUCUCCGAUCUCGUCCCCGGUGAAAAUCCCCCGCCGUUUCCUCCUCGCUUCUCCCCCCGGGAGAGAAAAGUUCAUCCUCUCUCAUGAACGGCGCCGUCCCGUGAUCUCCGGCCACGAUGGACGACGCCGCCGCCGCCACCGCCGCGCUCCGUUCGAUCCGCGACCGAUUCCCCUUCAAGCGGAACUCGAACCCUAGCCUAGGCCCCAAUCACUCCUCCCGGGAUCGCGCCAAGAGCUUGCCCCCCGAUCGCCAGCUCCUCCGGGCCGGCCGAGCCCAUCACGGCGGCAGGUUCAGCCGCAAGGGCCUCUCCUCCUGGCUCCUCCCCUUCAGGGGCAAGUCGCUGCUCUACUCGGCGAUACUGCUCGCGGUCCUCGUCUUCGCGAUGGCGUCGGUGGUGCUGCAGAGCUCGAUCACGUCCGUGUUCAAGCAAGGGAGCGACAGGGGGAGGUCGCCGAGGGAUGGGCUCAGGUUCGGCAGCACGCUGAAGUUCGUGCCGUCGCGGCAGUUUGCGGAGGGAGGGGGAUUGGAUCGGGCGCGGUCGGAGAGGAGGAUCGGCGUUCGGCCGCCGAGGCUUGCUCUUGUUUUGGGGAAUUUGAGGAAGGAUCCACAGUUUUUGAUGCUUUUUUCUGUCGUGAACAAUCUAAAAAAACUAGGUUACACUUUUCAGAUACAUGCAGUAGAGAAUGGUGAAGCACUUCCUGUCUGGAAGGAUGUAGCCAGUCAGAUUUCAGUUCUGGGUCCCGAGCAAUAUGGCCAUAUUGAUUGGUCAAUCUAUGAAGGUAUUAUUGUUGAUUCUAUAGAAGCACAAGAGGCUGUUUCGAGCCUUAUGCAGGAGCCUUUUUCUUCAGUGCCUCUUAUAUGGGUAAUUCAAGACGAUGUCCUUGCAAAACGCCUUCCAUUUUAUGAGGAAAUGGACUGGAAGCAUCUUGCCACUCUGUGGAGAAACACUUUCAGCAGAGCUGAUGUCAUCGUGUUUCCUGAUUUCACUCUUCCGAUGUUAUAUAGUGUGCUUGACACUGGGAACUUCUUUGUCAUUCCUGGAUCUCCAGUUGAUGUCUGGUCUGCAGAAAGGUAUAGCCAGACUCAUUUUAAGCAUCAACUGAGGGAACUCAAUGGAUUCCAUCGAGAUGAUUUGGUAGUUCUAGUCAUUGGAAGUUCUUUAUUCUACAACGAGCUAUCAUGGGAUUAUGCUGUGGCAAUGCAUGCCAUAGGACCUUUGCUGGUAAAGUAUGCAAGGAGAAAUGAUGGAGGGUCUUAUAAGUUUGUUUUCUUGUGUGGCAAUUCCACUGGUGACAGUGACGAUGCCUUCCAGGAGAUUGCUUCUCGUCUGGGACUUCUUCCAGGUUCAGUGAGGCAUUUUGGCAUAAAUGCCGAUGUUAAUAGUGUAUUGUCUAUGGCAGACAUUGUUCUUUAUGGUUCUUCUCAAGAUGAGCAGGGUUUCCCUCCAUUACUUGUCCGAAGCAUGACAUUUGGAAUCCCUGUUGUUGUCCCAGACAUUCCAGUUAUUACAAAAUAUGUUGUUGAUGGCGUCCAUGGGAUACUUUUUCCGCAGCAUAACCCUGAUGCUUUGAUGAGAGCAUUUUCCUCUUUAAUAGCAGAUGGCAGACUUUCUGAGUUUGCCAUCACUGUUGCAUCUUCUGGAAAACUGCUUGCUAAGAACGUGAUGGCAUCAGAUUGCAUUAGUACAUAUGCGAAACUUUUGGAGAAUAUGCUUGAUUUUCCAUCAGAUACCAUUUUGCCUGGUCCUGUUGCUAAGCUUGAACAGUUGUCAUGGAACUGGAAUUUAUUGGAGGGUGAAAUAAAUCAGGAUGCAGGUGACAUGCCUCAUGAGGAUUCAACACAAGCUGGUGUAGUUCAUGCUCUAGAGGAAGAAUUGACUGACCUUGUGGGUCUUAGAAACACCUCUGAGAAUCAAACUGAUACUAUCGGAGAUUUUCCAAUAGAACAAGAUUGGGCAGUUCUGCAGGAAAUAGAACAAUUUGAAGAGUUUGAGAAAGUAGAAAAGGAAGAGCUUGAAGAAAGAAUGGAGAGAGAUCCCGGCUCAUGGAAUGACAUAUACCGUAAUGCGCGGAAAUCUGAGAAGCUCAGUUUUGAAGCAAAUGAAAGGGAUGAGGGAGAACUGGAAAGGACAGGACAGCCAGUAUGCAUUUAUGAGAUAUACGGAGGGGCAGGAGCUUGGCCAUUUCUUCAUCAUGGUUCUUUGUACCGGGGUUUAAGUCUUUCAACAAAAGCAAGGAGAUUGAGAUCAGAUGAUGUAGAUGCAGUCAGCCGGCUUCGUCUUCUGAAUAACACUUAUUAUCGGGAUAUUCUAUGUGAGAUAGGAGGAAUGUUUUCUAUUGCAAAGAGGGUAGAUAACAUUCACAGUAGACCUUGGAUUGGGUUCCAAUCAUGGCGAACUGCCGGUAGGAAGGUUUCAUUAUCCCCAAAAGCGGAGAAGGUAUUGGAAGAGUCAGUACAAGGGGAGGAAAAAGGAGAUGUAAUGUACUUUUGGGCACGUUUAGACAUGGAUGGUGGUUUUAGUGGAAGCAAUGACGUCCUCACAUUUUGGUCUAUGUGUGACAUCUUGAAUGGAGGAGGAUGCAGAAAUGCUUUUGAGCAAGCCUUCCGCAAGAUAUAUGGUUUACCGUCACAUAUAGAAGCUCUUCCUCCCAUGCCAGAGGAUGGUGGCUACUGGUCUACCCUGCAUAGCUGGGUGAUGCCGACCCCGUCAUUUCUUGAGUUCAUGAUGUUCACCAGGAUGUUUGCCGAUUCUCUCGACUCCUUGCAUAUAAAUUCCAGUGCAACCAAUUUCUGCUUGCUGGGUGAAACAGAGGCUGAGAAAAGUCAUUGUUAUUGUCGUAUUUUGGAACUUCUUGUCAAUGUGUGGGCCUACCACAGCGCCAGAAAGAUGGUUUACCUAGAUCCGCAUACGGGUUCACUCUCAGAGCAGCAUCCGGUUGAGCUUAGAAGGGGAUUUAUGUGGGCAAAAUACUUCAAUUUUACAUUGCUGAAGAGUAUGGAUGAAGAUUUAGCAGAAGCUGCCGAUGAUGGCGACAAUCCAAGAGAGCCAUGGUUGUGGCCAUUAACCGGGGAAGUGCACUGGCAAGGGAUUUAUGAAAGGGAGAGGGAAGAAAGGUAUAGGCUAAAGAUGGAUAAAAAGAGAAAGACGCGGGAGAAACUCAAUGAGAGGAUGAAACACGGGUACAAGCAGAAAUCCCUAGGGGGAUAGGACACGAGCAGCAGCCUCAAUUGAGGCGGUCAGUUCUAAUGGGCAAAAGUUUUCGUACACUUCACAGGCUACCCCAACGUCGAAACAAAGAAAUGCAGCAGAUUUGCAGGGGGAUUGCCUGAUUCUUUCUAACUGCGUCGAUGUAAAACCAGUUUCAAUCAUUCUUUUGAAGGCUGGGAAGAUCCGGAAGGGCUUCCAUCAUAAGCUGCAGUUGACUCGCAAUUUUUUUUUUGACGAGAUUUUGUUCGGUCAACUCGAGCGGCAGGAGGUACAAUUGGUUUCCAAAAGAGCAGACACAAAGUUUGAGUUCAAAAUUCGUUUCCACCACUCCAAGAGGGUUCAGUCUAGGCAAAAAUUAGUAUUCUUUCUCUGAUGUAUAUUCUCUCUUCACAAUAUCAAAGGCGAUCUUUUUAUGGAGAGUGUCGAAUUGAGGUUCGUUCAAAUUUAAUUCCAGGUUCCAAUUCUUUGAA